AAGGUCCUAAUUUCAUCUGUUCAUUUUUAGCCCCAAUAUCCCCUUUUAUUUUAAAAACAGAAAACGUUCCUUCUCCAUCUCUCCCUCAUUUUCUUCUCCUCUUAGCCUCCCCCAUGGCCGGACAUGGGUUCAUCGGAAGGUGACUACACGUUCGCUCCGCGAACGGCGACCGAUAUCACUCGAGGUGGGCUUCCCUUGUUUCUUCUCCGAACGGAGGUCGAAGACAGAGCCUUUGCGGCCCACCACAACGGAAGAGAAGAGGAAAGGACCCGGUCGGUUCGUCGGAGCACCCCAAACAGUGAAUCGGAGUUUCAUCUUGCAGGUGUUAGACGCGUGGAAGGCCGGUGGUUGGUGCCCCAGGCGGUGGUGGUGGUGCGCGUGAUGGCCAAGGGCAGAGGGGAGUGGCGGCUGAAAUAUUGGUGGCUAGGUUUUUUUGCUGCUGAAAAAUGUUUAGUUUGGUGGGCUAGGUAGGCUUUAGGGUUUUGUAUUAUUUGAGUCAUUUAAUUUUGGGUUUGAACUAUUCAAUGUGGAAAUUGGGCCUGUUGUUUUUUUUUUUUGUAAAAUGGACUUUGUUUUGGGACUUUUAUAUUUUGGAAUUAAUUUGAGUUUUUAUUUUUUGUUGGCCAGGCCAAA